AGCAGUAGUAGUAGGAGUAGCAAGAGUAGAAGUAGUAGUAGUAGCAGCAGUAGUAGUAGUAGUAGCAGUAGGAAUAGUAGUAGUAAUAGCAGCAGCAGCAGUAGUAGCAGUAGGAAUAGUAGU